GUUUACAGUAAUUCUUCAUUUUUAUGUUUCAACAUAUAUACUUAUCUUCGUUACAGCACCACAUUUCUCUUUGAAGUAGAAGUUGCAUAGAUUUUGCAAUCAUGAGCUCAAAUUGAGGUAAAAGUGCUAAGCAUUAACAAAACCUGGAAAUAUGAUAGGCAUAUCAUUGACAAGGAGCCAGCUGAUUGAUGCUCUAUAAGAUUUAAGUGGCGCUUUGUGGAGUUUUACCGCCUGUGAGGGCGCGAAGAGGACGAUCGGUCAAUAAUCGAUAGACAUAUAUAAUAUGAAAGCUUAUAGAUAUUGAACGAGCGCCUAGCAGUGGAAGCAGUCAGCUGGCUGACAUCGGAGUGGUGUCGUGCCCUUCACUUUCAUUUCGGUAUUCUAACAACUUAUUAGUUUCUUAUUACCAAUACUGAGUUCAUGCUACAGUAAUAUUGGGAGUAGGUGAUUGUUUAGCCAGACCAGGGACAAUGAACACCUCUACUGGGACGGUACCUGUAGGGUGGACUACAGACAGGGCUUUGGUCACACUGGUACUGGUCACUGACAACAAGUCCGCUUACACUUCCAACAACACGGAGAGGUACUUUCCUGUCCUACAACAUGCCACGCCUAUCAUCGUCGUCUAUACUAUGGCCUACCUUCUCGUUUUUCUUUUUGCUUUCUUUGGAAACUUAAUCGUCGUCAUUGUCAUAUGGAGGAACCGCUGGCUUCACACGGUUACAAACUUUUUUAUUGUCAAUCUAGCCGUGGCGGACAUUCUAGUAGCCAUCUUUUGCGUACCCAUAACUUUACUGACCAACAUUUACACAGGUUGGCCAUACGGUUCGAUGAUGUGUAAAGUGACGCCUUACCUGCAGGGCGUGUCUGUCUGUGCGUCCGUCAACACUCUAGCCGCCAUUGCACUCGACAGAUACUUGGCUAUCUGCUACACUCUGAAUUACAAACUGACCGGAAAGAUAGCCCGAGUGGUGAUGGGCUGUGUUUGGGCGUUCGCCUUGUGUAUCAUGAUUCCUUGGGCUGUCUAUUACCAGCAUGACCAAUAUCGGUCAUCGAUACAAGCCAUUUACAUCUGUCGUCUUGUUUGGCCUAGCCAGGUUUCCGGGAAAUUCUUUUUGGCUGGAAUCUUCCUAGUGUGUUACACCAUCCCACUACUUCUUAUUGUCGUCUGCUACGCACUCAUCGGUUUACGGGUUUGGAACAGGAAUGCUCCAGGGAUAUUCAAAUCUAACGGAAUCAUCCACAAGUCCAAAGUGAAAGUGAUCAAAAUGCUCCUUGUCGUUGUCAUAUUGUUUGGGUUGUCAUGGUUACCGUUAUAUGCCGUCAAUCUCAAGAUAGUUUUUUCGCCGCCAUCUUUGACAGACAUGAAUACAGUGACAAUACUGUAUGAUUAUUUGGUGCCGGUUUCACAAUGGCUGGGACUAGCAAACAGUGGGAUAAACCCGCUCAUUUACUGUUUGUUUAGUAGGAAAAUCAGGACAAGAAUUAAGGUUAUGGUCACCUGUAACGAAACGCAAGAAUUUAAACGCCAGUUUAGAAAGUUUUCUAGUACGAAGUAUGUUUCCGUUGACUAUACAAAUGGUCACGUGACAUUGAGAACUCAUGGAACAGAGAAAGAAAGGAGAACAAGGUCACUGAAAUCCCUUAACAAUGUGUAUGACUGACUAGCCGCGCAUUUGUGUUUCUGUUGUAAGUAAACUUUUAAUUGGCUGGAUACGUCAUCUAUUAUUUCUGUUGCAAACAAAGUUCUGAUUGGCCAUAUACGAUAUAUUACAUCUUUUAGUAUUUUGUAAAUUACUACAUUGUAUUUUUAAAUAUGCUGAUUUUUUUCUUGAGAAGAUGCUGAUAAACACGAAAUAGGAUCCAAUCAUCUUCUCUUAAACUGUUCUGAAUGAGAGAAAAAAGGUCCAUGAACUUGUGUUAUAAAGAGAAAGGGCGAAAUUGAACCUUAAUCUAUUUAAUCUAUUUACUCAUGUGUAUUGUAAUUAUUGAUGGUGUUCGUGAAUUAACUGUUAAUUUACAUUGCUGUCGAUUUGUUUUUCAUGAUUGACUGAGAAAAAGUUAUCAAAAUGACAUUAACAUUGUAAGCAGAAUAAUCUAAUCUGUUCUUAAACAAAUGAAAUGUCAUCUUUGUUUUUAACAGCUUUUAUCACACACAAAAAAAAGUAAA